GUUAGCUUGCUUUUUUUUGCCGGACCAUAUAUACGACGUACGGGCGGUUUAGUUGAAGUAACGAUGGCGUCCAGAAGAAAAACAAUGGCACCAAAUAGUUUUGGCAAGGCAUCUACUGAUACUAAAAGCUCUAAAGGUGAAAAUGUCAAGGCCAACAACAGUGGAACAGGGACGAAAAGCGUAAAAUCCAGUGGGACAACUGUCAAGUCACGUUAUAUGCAGCCUGUUGAUAAGCCUUCUCUUUCAAAGAGUAACUCAAGCAACUCAAGGACCAAUGAGCCAGUCGCCAUGCCACCACGUCCCUCCUCCCCUAAACCUGGUUUUGCAAAACCGAGGGUGGCCACUCCUCCUAGACGUUUGGCUGCCCCGAUGGCCGCUCCAACUCCUUUCAUGUCCACUCUUCUCGAACCUUCCCUAUUGGAAAAAAGUGCCCUGCAAUCCACCUUCGCAGAUGGACCGAGAGUUUUCCCAGAUUUUGAUGUUUCCGUCAUUAAUGACACCCUUGUGAUGCAAAAUGCAGUCAAACACGAGAGAACGAGUGAAAAGAACAAGACGGCCAUCGAGAUGCAGACCUUCUUGUUGGCCUACAUCACAGCCAAGAUGGACCACAAUACAGCGAAGCUGAAGGAGGAGGCUGAGGCUCGGCUGCUGCAUGUGAUGGAGGAGGAGGAGAGACUGUACAAUGAAGUCCAAGAGAAGAAACGCAAGUACCUUCUUCAGGAGAGGAAUAAGCAGACGAACGAGAUACUGGAUUUGCAAAUUGCUGCAUUGACUCCGUUGGUAGAAGAAGCCCAGAAGUUCAAAGAGGACUACCGAACCUUCGCCAGGGCCAUUGACACCACCAGGCACGAGCUGCCUGUGAAGAAUUGCUACAUUGAAGGAGACGGGAGGGUCUUCUUGGAUAAAAGCGAGGCGUGCCUGGAGAAGAGUGAGAAGGUGCUGGUGGAUUGCACAGCCACAGAUCUGCACGAUAGCAGCUCUGCAGUGGAGUGCCUCAGAGACAUAAAAGCGGCUUCCAAGGACAUCACCCAGCAGAUAUUUGUGACCUUCUCAGAGCUGCAGGAGCUGUCCUCCCAGGUCAGCCUCUAUAACAUUAAAACCCAGCAGGCCUUUGAGGAGCACCAGCUUGGCCCAACCAGGACACGGGAGCUCUACUGCCCCGAACCCUAACCUAAAUACCACAUGACCUAGUAUAAAAUGUUAUCCAAAUGACCUGUUAAUGUUUUCAAUCAUAUGAAAAAAAUAAUGUACAUUAUUGCCAAAUAAAUAUUUAAUAAAUAAACGUCAUUGUAUUU